ACGAUCGUUUCUGAUGAAGAAAGUCAAAGCCUUGAGUUACUGGAUUUCGAAAAGCUUGGAGAUGCCUGUGUCCAACAACAAAAUGAUGAAAAAAGAAAAGCUGUCGUAAAGGUGUUGAAAUUGGCCCUUGAAGGAGUGAUUCUUAUAUUGAAAAAUGAACCUAAAAUGAAAGAAAGAAUAAUGGUAUUAGAGGUGGAACAAGGAACUGUAAAUGAAGAAAUGACUUAG